AUGUUCCUGUCGCUGUCCCUACUGGGGACCCUGAUUGCCUCGAGUGUAGCCCUGGAUUCCAGCCCUUUGGAGCAGCGGCUGCCACAUUUGCACCACCUCAGCCAGCUCAGUCAACCGUCUUUCGAGGCGCAAUCUGCCACCUUCCCCGUGUACAAUCUUUCCGUGCCUAUUGACCACUUCCACAAUGAAUCCCGCUAUGAGCCGCACACCAAUGCCACCUUUGGUCUGCGCUACUGGCUCGACACCACCCAUUACCGCCCAGGAGGUCCGGUUUUUGUGAUCGCGGCUGGUGAAACAGAUGGCAACGAUCGCAUUCCUUUUCUCUCGCAGGGCGUGGUCACCCAGCUGGCCGCAGCCUACCACGGAGUUGGCCUCAUCCUGGAGCACCGGUACUACGGGGAGAGCUACCCGUUCGCUAACCUCACCACCGAGAACAUCCGCUUCUUGACUACCGAGCAGGCAAUGGCCGAUUACGCCUACUUUGCCUCCAACGUUGUCUUUCCCGGACUCGAGGACCUCGAUCUCACGGCAGCCACCACCCCGUGGAUCGCCUAUGGCGGCUCCUACGCCGGUGCCUUUGUUGCCUUCCUCCGGAAGCUGUAUCCCGAGGUAUACUGGGGCGCGGUGUCGUCAUCCGGGGUCACCGAAGCCAUUAUUGAUUAUUGGGAAUACUACGAGCCGAUCCGACUGUACGGUCCGGCGCAAUGCAUCUCUGCUCUGCAGACGUCGGUCGACAUCGUGGACCAGAUUCUCAUCAGUCACGCCGAUAAUACUAGCUUGGCUGUGCAGCUCAAGUCCGCCUUUGGAGGCACCGCCCCUAGUCUCAAAAACCAGAAUUUUGUCUCGUAUCUGUCCUACGGCCUUGAUUCAUUCCAAUCUCGUAACUGGGACAAAGCUGUCGGAACGCCUCUCUUCCGCGCCUUUUGCAACAACAUCACCGAUUCGCAGCUGCUGUACCCCACAACGACCGAUCCGAUCUCUACUUCCGUGAAGCAAUUGAUCGAGAUUGCAGGCUACAGCCCGUCCAACACCACCCUCGUGACGAAUUUCCUGAAUUGGAUCGGAUUCUUGAAUACCUCGGGGGUGUUUGCCAACACAUCCUCGGAAUCUUCGUCCAGCACGGCGGACUUUACCACCCCGCAGCCCCUCACCAAGAGCUCCGACACCAGCUGGUCGUACCAAGUCUGUGUUGAAUGGGGUUAUUUUACCACCGGUUCCUCCGUUCCUGCUACGAUCAAGCCACUGAUCUCGCGUCUUCUCGACAUUCCUUACCUCUCCUCAUUCUGCGCCAGUCAAUUCGGCAUUUCCACGCCUCCAGACGUCCAACGGAUCAAUCAAUACGGCGGGUUCAACUUUUCCUACCCGCGGGUAGCGAUCAUCGGCGGACUUGCAGACCCGUGGCGCGAUGCGACACCGCUGGCGGAUGGUGUCGACUGGGAGAGCCGAAACUCGACCGAUAGCGAGCCGGUGAUUAUGCUGGAUAUUCCUGCAGCGGAUGUCUGGGAUGAUGUUCGGGGUGCGGUGCAUCACUGGGAUCAGAACGGGUUGUCGGGACAGGAGAUCAAGAAUGGGGAGGAAGUACCAAAGGAGAUUAUUAGCGUGCAUGAAGAGGUGGUUCGCUUUGUGGGGGUGUGGCUGGAUGAGCGGGAGAGUUCUGCUCUGGAUGAGGAGAGACUGUAUCAGACUGUUUUAUAG